AGAAUGAAACUCCAGGGCUCCAUCUUACCCCAUUGAUCUGUUUUUUUUGAGAAAACGCACACGCUUGAUACACCUGAUCAAGGCGAGAAGUAGAUAUCGACCCAAAUCUUCUAUUAGGUUAGAGUUCUUCGUAAAAUUCGUUUCAUGUAUAAUGUAGUGUACUUGCAUUACCAGUUCGCGUUAGAAUAGGACAACAAGCUUCUACAGCAACUUUUUCGCCUGUGUUAAAUAUCAUGAGGAUUUUUACAACAACAUCUAAAGAUUUUACUCUGCGUUCUUUUCUCGUUUUACUUUUAUCUUCACUCUUGUCCUCUCGCUCUAACUUUUUUCGUUCCUCUGCGACGAUCGACAAGUUUUCUUUCACAAGAUGUUGGCGCCUUCAGGUGAGUUCGUUUCUGCUUCUUUUCGUCUACGCGACUACCCUGCCACUCGUUCUCGGCAACUCUUACGAGUAUGUCGUGGUCGGGUCGGGCAGCGCGGGGUCCGUGGUCGCCUCCCGGCUCGCGCAGCACGGGUUUCACACCCUGCUCAUCGAGGCCGGGAGUGCCGCGGAGCCGCUGGAAAAGUGCGAGCACUUCAGCAACCACGCGCAUCAGUUUCAGGCGUGGCAGUACCCGACGGAAUUCCACGACAAGCGGACCUUCAUCAACAACCCGAAGGAGUUAUGCAAUGCAAAAGUCUUGUACUAGUUCUAGUAUAAAUAAUCGCAUGACAAAUUAUUUCCUCAAGAAAGUUGAAACUUGUCAUGCAGUUUGUGGUAAAGGAGAAGAUCUGUCAUGCAAGACUGGCACUUUCUAUAAUACGAGUACCCUAGUGCUUCUACUUUUGCAGUGGAUAGGAGUGGCGCCAAGUCCUGGUGCACGGAAAGGUGGCAGGUGGGAGCUCUAUGUUGAAUUCCUGUCUCUUCACGCCCGCGGGACUGCGGGAGUUCGAGCACCUCGGCCCCAAGUGGAACAGCACGGCCUUCGCGACUGCGUAUCAGUACCUGCAGAAACACCUCCCGGUGGUCCACAAAAAGUUCCGGAGCGGCAUUUACACCGAGGUGAUUCUGUUGAAGCUGAUCGAGCGGGGGUUGUUUUCCAUGGCGGGGUGGGAAGAAGACGACGGGACGGCAGACGAGUCGUCGGUCGUGGAUCAUGUAUAACUUGAAUUUGAUGCUUUGAUAAUUUUCACCCUGGUGGUGUUGCUAUUCCGUUAACAUUUCAUCUCUUGGACUAUGAAAUGUAAGUAUUCCGCAGGAGGUGCAACUUCUACUGUGCCCACCAAGAAGAUCUUCAUCAUGUAUGAAAUAAAAAUCAUUCUCAACUGACUCUGAACAGGAAACGCGGCAAAAGCGCACCAAGCUUACCUCAGGCAGCAUCAAGUCUCGCGCCACACACCUCCUCGACCACUCCGGCUACCGGCGCGGCUGGUGGCUCACCACCGAUGAGGACUACACCCGACGAACCAGCUACGACUCGCUGGUCACCCAGAAGGCGCUGCCGAAUCUGGACGUGUGGCUGAACGCCACCGUGACCAGGGUCCUCUUCGCCCCCGACGGAGGUCGUGAGAACAACAGCGAGAAGCUAUCAGAAGGAAAAAUCCCCCCUCCCCAUAUUGAACAGGUAUGCUUCCGAAAAUUUGCGUUGCUGAUUUGAGGUCACAAAUCACAUUUGUCUUGCAAGAAGACAAGGGCAGAAGCUUCCGGCCCAUUAUGGAAGCGAUUUUUCAUGCAGCUGUUGGGCCUAAAGCUAAAGGGGAGCCGUUUGCCAUGCUGAACAACUAGACCCAUAGGCCCCUACCUAGCCUGGGGAUCUGGCCGCAGUGCCUUCCUGCAAUGCGAAGCUGAUUCGUGUACACAAAUCAAGCGUCAGAAAUUCCGUUUUGAUAUGGGGGGGGAUUUUUCCUUGCAAUAGAAGCGCGCCACGGGCAUCGAGGUGCAGGUCGGGCCCCACGGGCUGAACAAGCUGCGCGUGUACGCGUCGCGGGAGAUCGUGUUGUCCGCUGGGGCGCUCGGGACGCCGAAAAUCUUGACGCUGUCUAUGACCCGCUCAGACCUUACAAUCUCAACUGUUACAAUAGAAUCUGGAAAUCUGUGAUGCAAGAACUGAAUGAUCUAGCCUACUCCCAUAGGAUUGCGCAUGAGAAGUUUCGGAGUCCCAAACCCACCUGAAAUCCGGCAAAAUUUGUAUUGCGAAAAGCUCAAUUCUCUCUGCGUUCCUCAUGCUCUUCAUGCAAUACAAAUUGCAGAUUCUAUUGUAACGUUUGAGAUUGUAGGGUUUGAGCAGGCCAUACUGUCCGGAAUUGCCGAUCCCUAUGAUUUGGGACGCCUCGGGAUCCUAUGACAGUGCACAACUCCCCUGCCCCCUUAUUUGUCGUGCAAAAUGGCAAGCCAACCCUUUGCCUCUUGGCACUGUUUGCAUGACAAGCUCGUCUGGUAGCCCAAAUAGCACUACAAUCCAGUGCAGAUUUGUCAUGCAAAACCGGCUUUCUUGCUGAUGCUUGUAUUGCCGUUCAUGCUAUACAAAUGAGGGGGAGGGGGAGUUGUGCACUCUGAUAGAUCCCGGUCACGCAGGCAAGUUACGCGGUGGGGAAAUAUUUGAAGGACCACUUAUGCUGGGUGGGGUAUGUGAUGAUGGAAAAACACUUCGGGAACCGCGACGACUGUGACACCGGCAUCAUGGGCAGUGAGCGCUUGGGAAUUUUUCUCAACAUAACGAAAGAGGAAGACGUAGACGUCGGGGGCUUUGCGGCUGGUACUUCUAGUGGGGAAGAUGAAGGUAGUAGUAAUGCGAGGACAAGUAGUUCCAGUGGUAGUUUAUCGCAGGUAGAGUCAGGACAGAAUCCCGACGAGCCCGAAACCGAAGAGCAAAAAGCGGAGAAAGCCGAGAAGCGAAAGCAGGCCAUGUGGGAGAACGUACUGCGGUACGAAGCGGAGGCUUCGAAGGACGACGCCAGCACGCUGACCUACGAGGAGCACGGCGUCAUCGUGCCAUCUAGAAAUAAUGCCGAACAACCGAAUGGAAGUAGUGGCAAGGAAAUAGAAACGAGCGAUGUAUCAUUGCAAACAGAAAGAAAUCCUUCCACAGUUGUUGAAGAUCUUUCCCGCUUUACCGACGCCGCUGACCAGUUCGCCGUCGAGGGAGAAUUGCGGCUGUUUUCUACCUGCUAUGAGGAGAGCGAGCUGCAGAAACCCGGCACGCCAAGUGCGCAGGUCGUGGCGGAAAAUAGUAGUAACCAGGAUGAGGAGAAGAAAGACAAAGACUCGACGACCGCGCUGCAUUACACCGUGGAGUUUGUGCAGAUGCGGCCGAAGACCACGGGCCGGGUCUUCGUGAAAUCGAAUCGGCCCGAAGUGCCGCCAACCUUCGAGUACCCGCGCAUCUUUCCCGAAGACUACGACUACCUGGCGCAGAUGGGCAAGUGGAUGGGGGACCAAUUCGCGUCCACGGGCAGUACGCAGCCGGAGCCCAUCACCGAACAGGCGUUCUCCCCCGGCGCGCUCGAGUCCGCGCGGGCGACCGCGCGCCUCUACCAGCACCCCUGCUGCUCGGCCGGGGUGACCCGCGUGCUCGACCAGGAUCUCAGGGUAAUGGGCGUGAAAAAUCUGCGUGUGGCCGACGCCAGCGCGUGGGCGGAGAUUCCGUCGAGCCACCUGGCGGCGCCGACGAUGGCCUUAGGGUACCUCGCCGCCGAGUGGAUGGUGCACGACGCCGGGGGGUCGAGACAAAGCGUUUUCGACGAGGAUAAGGAAGAACACCUGCAUGAGCUUGAAAUAAGCCUGGAGAGCAAGAUAUUGAAAAGCGUGAUUUUGGACGCGACGGCGCGGAUGUUGCAAGAGGACGGGCUGCAGGAGCUGAAGCAGUACUUGGCAGUUCUGUUUGACGGGCGUAUGUCGGUGGUCGACGUGCGGAACGAUGAGGAACUGAACAACGGCCUGCGCUUGCGCGACGAGAUUCUCCAACGCGUCGCGAACACCGUGAUUGCGAUCUUCCAGCAGGUGAAGAGCAUCGCCGAUCGGGAUCGCCAGAGUAUCAAAUGCAAAUGUGUCUGGGUCUGGAACAAAGCAACUUGUCAUGCUAAAUCUGAAUCAUGUAAAAAACUUGUGUUGCAUGAUUGCCAAAAGCUGUCCGCUUUUGACCUAAUGCCAAUCCAGAGGCAGUUUCUCAUGCAGGAUUUGCAUGAUAGAAUUCUCACAGAAUCUGUCAUGCUACGUCCUACAUACCAGACCUCAUGGGUCAUGGAAAACCUGCAUGACACCCAAACAUAUUUGCAACGCAUACAGAUGAGCUUGAGCAGGGAACAAAUAAACCCAGCGGCCGGCGUCGAAGUUGAUGUACCGGAAAUCACCACCGCUCACCUGGGGUUGGUUCGGGACGCGGUGCUGCAGCAGGUGUUUGACUCCAGCUUUCCCGACCCGAAUCCCGAAGAGAAAGCGCGGGUGCGGGACCACAAAAAUGUCAUGAAAAUCUUGCUUCGAGCGCGAUUGGUGGUGGGGAACAAGAACGAGGAUUCUGUUCUUGCGCAGACGGAAGUUGUAGAAGAUGCGCUGCCCUCCACCUCCGCGGAAGAAAUAGACCGAUCAACAAGUAGUGACCACUCCACCCGCAUGGUGAUCGAUUACCCCCUAUGAACUGCAACUUUGUCUGGGUCUGGGAGAUUGCGAGAUUUGUGAUGCUAGUCUGGCAUGAGUCUAACUCUAAACUCUGUAUUGCGUGCCAACGAAGAGACGCCCUUGUCUGUCAUGCAAAAACGCAGCUUCCCAUGCUGAGUAUGCAACUCUGAACCACGGAAAAGUUUGUCAUGCUGGGGAGCGCAUUGCAGUGAGCUUAGUAUUCCCUUCCUUGCAUCACAAAUUUCCAGACCCAGACAUAUUUGCAAUGCAUACCCCCCCAGCUGCCCGGUGCCGGUGGUCGAAAUCGUGACGAAAUACGAAAAAUCUGCCCUGCAGGAGUUGACCGAGCGGGAAGAAAACAUCCCCGAAGGAAUUACCUCCAUAUCGCGCGAACUGCUCGCCGGCCGCAACUCCAAACCCGAGCCCGAGAUGGUUGCCGACAAAAUGCUGGCCAGUUUCGACGACGCGUCAAAAGGUUCGCCGAAAAUACAGAGUGAAGAGAGAGAUGAGGUGGAGCAAGCAGACGUAGAAAACGCCGAGUCUGUGGCCCCGCAGUCGGACGCGUCGUCGUCGCGCGCCACCCUGGUUGACUUCGGCGGGCACAUCCUGGAGCGCACGGCGGUGCACAAGAUCGCAUUUGGCACGGGCACCAUGGACGACCGGUAUUUCCUGGAUACCUGCGUGGCCUUUCUGCGCGCGGGUGGGCGCGUGCUGGACACGGCGCACUUGUACGACAACAAUGAGCAGAUCAAAACCUGUAUCAAGCACUCGCAAAUCCCCCGGGAGGAGAUCGUCAUCGUCACCAAGGUGAUGCCGCUCGGCCGCCGGGAAACGGAGAAGGCACUGAGCAACGCGUUCGAAACGCUCGGCACGGAGGAAAAUUUUCUGUACAAAAAGACCUUCCCGCUCGACUACGUGCUGGUGCACUGGCCAGGGAAUAACAAGGACCGCAAGCUGCCCAUCCGGGUGCCUGCGGACUGCGCCAUGACGGCGGAGGAAUCUGAAAAUAGGAGUACUAACUCGCAGGAGUUUGCCGGCGCGAACACGGCACUUCCGGACGAGGGCAGUAGUGGUGGCGGAACGCCGGCACGAAACCCGCCGCUCAUGUACGGUGGCAUCAAGGGGCCGGAGGAAGAAGGUGCAGAAGACUUCUUUCCGGGUAGUACAGGGACAAGCGCGAAGCGGUCGCUGCGGCCGGAUUCCUGGCGGAAAUGCCGGGAGGAAACGUACGCGACGAUGAUCGAGUGGCAGAACCGUGGGAAAGUGAAGAAAAUUGGGUAUAGCAACUUCGGGAUUCACCACGUAAACGAGUUUGCAAUGAAGUUUCCAGACCACCCACCCCAGAUGCACCAGAUGGAAAUGAACCUACGGAAGUCGCAAAAUUAUGUCGUACGACAGUACAACUACCGAAUAAAUUGCGUGGCAAUAAAUCUUAUGCUCCAGCAAAGGAAAACGAAAAACGAAGCUUGUCAAGUAGUACAAUGAAUCGGGCAAAAAUUGUAAAAAGAAAUCUGUGAUGCAGAAGUAUUCUGUUGCAAUUUGUACGAGCGCACCGUCGAAGAUAGUUUUGCGACGUCGAUAGAACCCAGCGUACGUGGAUCUGCCCGUGGUGGAAACCCACGCGGUGCAAAACCAGUACUACAGCUCGAUCAACCAGCCCUGGAAUAAGUGCGUCAUUAUGGCCUACGGUCUGAUUGGGGGCAACAACCGAGGGCAGCUGAACCUGAAGCAUGUGUAUCCUGUGCAAAAGUAUCGUACUCGUAUUGCAAUCAUGCAUUACAAAUCUUUCACUUAAGGUAAAUCAGCACUUUUACAAAUUUUAUCUCUUGUGCUGAGGAAAUUUGUAAUGCAUUUAUACGAGUGCGAUACUUUUGCAAUUCAUAAUGUGGAUCAGAUCGCAAAGCGGAACGAGAUCGACCGGUACGCGAUGCUGGUAAAGUGGAUCGUUGACCACUUGAACGGAAUCGUCCUCGUAUCCUGAGGAAAAUAAACCGAUAGUACAACAAGAAGGGAACAACCCAUAUUUUUGCCGCAUAAGUGGGGCUAGCCAGCACGUGAUGUGCCAGUUGUAGAGUUUUGCGGUCGUUGACAUUGUUGUACACAAACCAAGAACAGUGAUUGGCGACUUCUGUUGCACGUGACAUCAACUUUGGGUCACUUUAGUGCAGUCGAAGUCGUGCUGGCGACAGCUAGUAUAAUACUGUCGCAUUAAUACUACAGAUCUCAUCGUGCUUUUCAUCCCAUGCAUGAAGAUCAUGACAAAUAUGGGUACUUGUACAGUCACGGUGAAUAUUUUGCUCAUUGGAUACCGCGUCGCGAGUCGGAGCACGGACCGGCUGAAGGAGGCUUUGUGCUUGUGGAAGAGUUAUCCGAAUAGGUUACCAGAGACGGACAUGACCUACCUGACCACGGUCGCGAACAACUUCUUCCGCAAGGCCUACACGCCCUACCCGGACGACAUUGGAUAGAUUGAUAUGGAAUUCUUAUACGUAAUUUACCACGCAAAGACAUUGUAUCACCGGGGCAAGAACUGCAAAUAUCUUCCAAUCUCCUCGUUCGGUGGGUCAACCAAAAUAAGUCACCCAAGAAGACGAAAAAGUAGCAGAUGAAUAUUUCUUUCAGUUCUUGACAGACUGCAUGUACCACUAGGAGCUUGCUCGGAGGAUCUCCACCACGGGAUAAUGUCUCGUCUUCAGUAGCGCCGAUUCAUUUUACGUGCUCGACGAUGAUCUGCUUGGCGAU